CGCUGCGGGGCUGCGAACAAAGAGGAGGAGCCGAGGCGCGAGAGCAAAGUCUGAGAUGGAUGUUACAUGAAUCAUUUUAAGGGAUGAGCACAACUAUGAACAUUUCUGAAGCCUUUUUCUCAGUAAAGUAGAUAAAGAUGGAUGAAUCUGCCUUGUUGGAUCUUUUGGAGUGUCCUGUGUGUCUAGAGCGCCUCGAUGCUUCUGCAAAGGUCUUGCCUUGCCAGCAUACAUUUUGCAAACGAUGUUUGCUGGGUAUUGUGGGUUCCCGAAAUGAACUCAGAUGUCCUGAGUGCCGAACUCUCGUUGGCUCGGGUGUCGAGGAGCUUCCCAGUAACAUCCUGCUGGUCAGACUUCUGGAUGGCAUCAAGCAGAGGCCUUGGAAACCUGGCCCUGGUGGGGGCAGUGGGACCAACUGCACAAAUGCAUUAAGGGCUCAGAGCAGCACUGUGGCUAAUUGUAGCUCAAAAGAUCAGCAGAGCUCCCACGGUGGACAGCAGCCUCGGGUGCAAGCUUGGAGCCCCCCAGUGAGGGGUAUACCUCAGUUACCAUGUGCCAAAGCAUUAUACAACUACGAAGGAAAAGAGCCUGGAGACCUUAAAUUCAGCAAAGGUGACAUCAUCAUUUUGCGACGACAAGUGGAUGAAAACUGGUACCACGGGGAAGUCAAUGGGAUCCAUGGCUUUUUCCCCACCAACUUUGUGCAGAUUAUUAAACCGUUACCUCAGCCCCCACCUCAGUGCAAAGCACUUUAUGACUUUGAAGUGAAAGACAAGGAAGCUGACAAAGAUUGCCUUCCAUUUGCAAAGGAUGAUGUUCUGACUGUGAUCCGCAGAGUGGAUGAAAACUGGGCUGAAGGAAUGCUGGCAGACAAAAUAGGAAUAUUUCCAAUUUCAUAUGUUGAGUUUAACUCGGCUGCUAAGCAGCUGAUAGAAUGGGAUAAGCCUGCAGUGCCAGGAGGUGAUGCUGGAGAAUGUACCUCGGCAGCAGCCCAGAGCAGCACUGCCCCAAAGCACUCUGACACCAAGAAGAACACCAAAAAGCGGCAUUCCUUCACUUCGCUCACUAUGGCCAACAAAUCCUCCCAGGCAUCCCAGAACCGCCACUCCAUGGAGAUCAGCCCUCCUGUCCUCAUCAGCUCCAGCAACCCCACAGCUGCUGCUCGGAUCAGUGAACUGUCUGGGCUUUCCUGCAGUGCCCCUUCUCAGGUUCAUAUAAGUACCACCGGGUUAAUUGUGACCCCACCCCCAAGCAGCCCAGUGACAACUGGCCCCUCGUUCACUUUCCCAUCAGAUGUUCCCUACCAAGCAGCCCUUGGAACUAUGAAUCCUCCUCUUCCCCCACCCCCUCUCCUGGCUGCCACUGUCCUCACCUCCACACCGCCAGGCGCUGUUGCUGCUGGAAUGGGACCAAGGCCUACGGCAGGAUCCACUGACCAGAUUGCACAUUUACGGCCUCAGACUCGCCCCAGCGUGUAUGUUGCUAUAUAUCCAUAUACUCCCCGGAAAGAGGAUGAGCUAGAGCUGAGAAAAGGGGAGAUGUUUUUAGUGUUUGAACGUUGCCAGGAUGGCUGGUUCAAAGGCACAUCAAUGCAUACCAGCAAGAUAGGGGUUUUUCCUGGCAAUUAUGUGGCACCAGUCACAAGGGCAGUGACAAAUGCUUCCCAAGCUAAAGUCUCUAUGUCUUCUGCUGGUCAGACUAGUCGGGGGGUGACUAUGGUCAGUCCUUCCACUGCAGGAGGACCUGCGCAGAAGCUCCAGGGAAAUGGUGUGGCUGGGAGUCCCAGUGUCAUCCCCACAGCCGUGGUUUCUGCAGCUCACAUCCAGACAAGUCCUCAGGCUAAGGUCUUGUUGCACAUGACUGGGCAAAUGACAGUCAACCAGGCCCGCAAUGCUGUGAGGACAGUUGCAGCACACAACCAAGAACGCCCUACGGCAGCAGUGACGCCCAUCCAGGUACAGAAUGCUGCCUGCCUCGGCCCGGCAUCUGUGGGCCCGCCCCAUCAUUCGUUGGCUGCCACACAACCCCCGCCUCCAGUGGCAGGCCCUGCUGCCCAUGUUGCUGCCAUCAGCAUCAGUCGAGCCAAUGCCCCUCAGGCUUGUGCCACAGCUGCUUCUCUCACCUCCCCAAGCAUUGCCACUGCCUCUCUGGAGACUGAGCCCAGUGGCCGGACGGUGGCCAUUCUCCCUGGACUUCCCACAUCUCCUGACAGUGCUUCAUCAGCUUGUGGAAACAGCUCAACAACCAAACCAGACAAGGAUAGUAAAAAAGAAAAAAAGGGUUUGCUGAAGUUGCUUUCUGGCGCCUCCACUAAACGGAAGCCACGAGUGUCCCCUCCAGCAUCACCCACCCUGGAAGUGGAGUUGAGUGGUGGCGAGUUGCCUCUGCAGGGAGCAGUGGGACCUGAGCUGCCACUAGGGAGUGGGCACGGCAGAGCCGGCUGCGCCGCGGAUGGGGAUGGCCCGGUGUCAACAGCAGCGGCAGGUGUAGCCCCAGCCCAGGAAGCUUUUCAUCGCAAGGCAAGCUCCCUGGACUCUGCUGUGCCCAUUGCUCCACCUCCUCGUCAGGCGUGUUCCUCCCUGGGUCCUGUCAUGAAUGAGUCUAGGCCUGUUGUUUGUGAAAGGCACAGGGUGGUGGUUUCCUAUCCUCCUCAGAGCGAGGCAGAACUUGAACUUAAAGAAGGGGAUAUUGUGUUUGUUCAUAAAAAACGAGAGGAUGGCUGGUUCAAAGGCACAUUACAACGUAAUGGGAAAACUGGCCUUUUCCCAGGAAGCUUUGUGGAAAACAUCUGAGGAGACUAACGCUGAGAAGGCUUCAUAUCACAUCACAACAAAAUAGCACAAAGCAAUUUAAUGAAAAGAGCACAUGUGUGGACUUCCAGAUGGUCAGGACAUGAGUGAAGGGUUGGUGUGUGA